CCUACCAGUGCGUGAUGAGCAGCAGCGUGACAGCAGAGGGAGGAGCGUGUCCUGCCGUCCUCAUGGAGUCCCAGCGAGGAUCCUCCGUCCACUUCACCUCUGUUACAUUCCUCAUCUUACACCGGCUGGGAUCAGUUUCCUGAGCUGAGUAACAGAGUUGAGAGCCGCCGCCUGCUCGCACACACGCUGACACGAUGGCAAAGUUCCUGACACAGGAUCAGAUUAAUGAGUUUAAGGAGUGUUUCUCUCUGUACGACCGCCAGCGUAAAGGGAAGAUUGAAGCCAAGGAGCUGAUCACAGUGAUGCGAUGCCUCGGGUCAAGCCCCACCCCCUCUGAGGUCCAACGACACCUGCUGAGCCACAACAUAGAUUGGGCCGGAGAGCUGGACUUCUCCACCCUCCUGAGCAUCAUGCACCGGCAGCUCCAGCAGGAAGCGCCGGAGGAGGAGAUCCUGGAGGCUAUGAGGAUGGCUGACAAGGAGCAGAAAGGCUUCAUCCUCGCCUCCGAGCUGAGAGCCAAACUCACCGGGCUGGGAGAGAAACUGACGGAUCGAGAGGUGGACGAGCUGCUGAAGGAGGCGGGUGUUGGAGCUGAUGGGCGGGUCCACUGUGAGCAGUUUGCUAAAGCAGUGACACGCUGGACUGAGAAGCACUGAUGUCACUGACGCCAUCAUCGCUGCCGCUUAACACAUGAACUGACCCAGCUGACCAUUACAGUUUGUGUUAUAUCUGAUAAUGUUUGUACCUCAAAAACAGGGUCUUAAUUAGAUAGUGGAGGUCAUGAUGUCACCUGCUGCGUUCCAGUCAACAUCAGGUCGUCAUUUUCAAGCUGAAAUUUUCUACUUCUGACCUCCAAGCGUUCAAAGUGCAUAACGUCAAAAUUGAACAAAUUCUGAAGAGGAGAUGAAGUGACAUCGUGAGCUUACAGACAGCUGGACCCUCAGCAGUGCAUUAUAAUAGAAAUGGAGGAGGAUAAACAGCACGAGAGGUCACUUGUUUUAUUUAUGUUUUAACAUUUCUAAAUGUUCCAUACAGACAGAUGAAGCUGCCUCGAGUUGUGUUCCAUGGUUGAAACACAGCAUCCGUCAGUCUGUCAUUCAGCUCCUGUGUCACCGGUCAUCCUGAGAAAAAUGAAACGUGUUCCUGUGCUUCAUUUUGUGUGUUCUCAGACAAACUGACUGCAGCAGUCGAUACAAGACAUUAAAAUGAUUUUGAAGUUGAAUGAUCUCUGAGCUCAAAGCGGCGCGAACAUGAACAUGUGUCUCAUCUUUCUUUAGCUUGUUUAUUUGUGUGUAUUGAGUUUUGCACUAAAAUCCAACUCAACAGACUUGUUUCUACCUGCGCAGGUGUUUUCACUCAUUCUGCCCGAUUAAAUGAUCCUUUCUUUGGAACAUUUACACGCAACACAUGUUCAAAAGUGUGUUUUUCAGCUCUGAUGUUAUA